UUUACAUUGUUUUCAAUAUAUAUUUAACAAAUAUAAAUAUAAAGAAAUUAUUGUUAUUUAACUUAUUAAACUAUCAAAGAGUUAAUAUGUAGCUUUGGAAAGAACUUUUUUAUGAUCUAGAAUAAUCAUGUGUAAAAUAUGUUUGGAGAGUUGUGAGUGAAAGAUUUAGUGACUCUUGUUAAGAAAAAUAGUGUAAAUAUUUAAUAUCAGAAAUAAAUUAUAAAAUGGCUCAAAGUGCUUGUUUAUUAUCUCGAAUAAUGGCCACUUCUGUAUCUGCUACUGUAAGAGCAGGUAAAAUUAUAAGAGAUGUUAUGACUCAUGGAAGUUUAAAUAUAGUAGAAAAAGGCAAAAAUGAUUUACAAACUGAAGCUGAUCGUUGUGCUCAAAGGUGUAUUAUUGCUUCAUUAAGCCAACAGUUUCCAAAUAUUACUAUUAUUGGUGAAGAGGAACCAUCAAACUGUGAUAUACCAUAUGAUUGGAUUGUAACUGAUGCAGAUCAAGAAAUGUUACAAUUAAAAUUACCAACUCAUUUGGAAGAUAUAGAUCCUAAGGAUGUGUGUAUUUGGGUAGAUCCAUUGGAUGUCAAGUUAAUGUUUUUAGGAACAUCAGAAUAUGCACAAGGCCUUGUAGAACAUGUUACAGUAUUAGUAGGAGUGGCAAUUGGACAUAGAGCAAUUGGAGGUGUAAUUCAUCAACCAUAUUACAAAAAUAAUGAGAAUGAAAUAUUAGGACGUACUCUUUGGGGUAUUAAUGGUGUAGGAUUUGGUGGAUUUGCACCAAUUGCUCCACCACAUGGAAAAAUAAUAGUUACAACCACAAGUUCACAUUCAAACAACAAUGUUCAAGCAGCUAUAAAUGCUUUAUCUCCUGAUGAAGUUUUACAUGUUGGUGGUGCUGGAUAUAAAGUAAUACUUUUAAUGGAAGGAAAAGCUCAUGCUUAUGUAUUUGCUAGUAAUGGUUGUAAAAGAUGGGAUACUUGUGCCCCUGAAGCUAUUCUUCAUGCAAUUGGUGGUACAUUAACUGAUAUUUAUGGAGAGUUUUAUUCUUAUAAUGCAGAAACAACAUAUUCUAAUGAAAGAGGUGUAUUAGCUACUGCACCUGGUCAAAAUCACCAAUGGUAUUUGAAUAAUAUACCAUACGAACUAAAGCAAAAAUUAGAACAGUAAUGUAUAUAAUUUUACAGAAAAUAUUUAAUA